ACUCUGGAUGCAUGCGCUGCUGGCUCCAGCUAAAUUGAUUCUGAGUUCCUUCUAUUCACGGUGGCGUUAUCGCAUGUGAACUUUUCUAGCUGACCAUGCCAUGGCCAUGGAUCUACAGUUAAAGUUGGAGCCCGGCCAAGUAGACGACCACUAGCCAAAUAUGCUGGAGGACGUUUGGAAUGAAGGAAGUACCGAACUGACAGGGCGAUGACUGGAGAGUGACUGCACAGUGCACACUGUCUCUACGGACUACGGGUCACGCGCAGCCUCCUAGAAAGUUAGGAGGUUAUUGAUGCAUCCUCUGCAUUUCCUUGUGCUUUCCGCGUCAUUUCCGGCCAGCACACGGUUCUACAUAUACAGCCUGCACGGUUCGAUGAGAAGGAACACAACCACCAACCACCAAUACAUCACCUCAUCACUUCUCCGGCGAUGUGUUCUUGAUCCUGACCUCCUCGCGCUUGCUAUUCAUUUCCUCCAGAAACUUGAAUCGGAGCGCGUACCCUCGGCUCUGUAGCAAUCGAAGCAGGCAGGCAUAAGUACGGUGGCUUGAUGGCGCUGUCCUCGGCACUCGCUCAGGAGGGCGUGAGCAGGGUGUCAUCGUUCAUCUCAACCAAGCUCAACGACAGGGCGUCCAGAGCUCGCAUCGUCGGGAGGCUCGAGUGGGCACUCUAUCGAUUGGAAUUGGCCCUUGAGAAGACCGCGAGGAUGCCAAUCACAUGCGUCUCACUGCUCCGCUGCAGGAAGAUGCUCAAGAGCGCCUACAUGGAGGGCGCAGACCUGCUCAGCAAGCACAAGCAGCAGGUGCUGGAAGAAGGCCACGAGGAGACCGGGCAGCUGGUAACGAGUCCCUCCUACCUUGAACGGAUUAUUGCUAGUGCUGCGGAAUUCUCCAUCUCUUCUCUUGCUGGCCUGAACAAGCAGCAGUACUGCUUGAGCUCCUCCGUCGUCCAGAACUUUGAGUGGUACGCAGACUGUGCUGACAAGUUUGUAGCGGACGUGGAGUCCGCCUGCCCACCACGGCGUGACAUUACCCUCCGCUACCCAUUUGUCAGGCAACUUCUUCAAGGGAAAUAUCUCAGCUACGACAAGGUGAAAGGAAGCCAAAGGUUCAGGUUUGAUAUAUCUCCUCUGGUUCUAGAAGGGCGUGGCGUAGAGGCAUGUCUACGGUAUUGCUAUGAGUGUUUCGAUCCCGAGAGGUUAGAUAAAAGUUUCAGCCUAUUAUUAAUGCAACGGCUGUCGGAAAGCACGGACAUAGUUGGGACUGCUAUAGAUUGCGUGCGGUCAUCCGCAUCACUGCUCAACCUUCCAGCUCAAGACGCAAUAAUUGGAAAUCUCACCCAAGUGCGUAAUUUACAGGAGAUUUCAGAUUCGUAUGCUCCUCCCUUUGUUGGCUUUGAAGAAGCUUUCGCUUCGUUUAGUACAUGGUCGCGCCCGGAUCCACUAUGUUGCCAACGAGAUGGCCAUGGGCCUAGUGCUAAUAGCACUAACUCAUCGAGGUUAUCGCAUUUAUUCCAAGAGCAAAUUAUUCAUUUCAGUUGCAGUUGUUAUGUCUCAGCACUAGAGUACAACUUGCCUAGCGCAUCUGACGAAGCUGGUGGUAGAAACAUCGUGGUAGAUCGGACACCUCUUAGGCUGGAUGUUGGCUUCCAACCUCACGACCGAAUAGGCAACAGUUUUGUAGGGGAGGCCAUGGGAGGCAAAAAAAAAUAUUUUCCAUUUGGUACCAUAGAACAAACAGUUGAUAUGACAAGAUCAAGAUCAGUUGAAUUUCUCGUCGGUCAGCCAGAGGUGAAGGAUGAUUAUAAGGUGUCCUGGUACUCUAGACAUGGUUCUGCAUACUUUAAGGUGGAAAAGCAAAGGAUCGACAUGGCGGCUGUGCCCAAAGCCAGUGGCAGCAGGUACAAUACUCGGAGUGCAGCUGCAAAGAGAAAGCGGUCCUAGAAGACUUGCAUGUAUAAUAUAUAUUGUGUGUUUGUUUUACUGAAUGUAACGAGCAGAAGCUCUGCUGCUGUUUGUGAAAUGAAUGAAUAUACUAUUUUUGCAUUA